CGGCCCCGGCUCCGGCGCGGCCAUGGCGGAGCUGCUGCGGCCGUUCCGCUUGCGCGGCUGCGGCAGCCCGCAGAAGUUCGGCGUGGCGGCUGGGAGCUUGCGCGGGCUGUUGCGGAAGGGCUGCAGGCUGCUGCAGCUUCCCUUGUCAGGCAGCCGGCUCUGCCUCUACGAAGACGGCACGGAGCUGACCGAGAGCUAUUUCCGCACCCUGCCGCCGCAGACGGAGCUGGUGCUGCUGGGACCCGGAGAGAGCUGGCGCGGCUGUGCCAGCGACAUCGAGCGGUUUCUGGUGGCCUUCUGCAGCCAGGGCGAUGCGGUGGUGGCGGCGGCGCGGAGGCUGCUGGCGGACGAGCGGGCGCCCCGCAGGCAGAAGCUGCUGGCGGAUCUCAUCCACAACCUGAGCCAUAACAUCCUGGCCGAGGGCAGGGAGGAGGACAAGAGCUGGUUUGAAGGUGUGGAGUCUCGCUUUAAGAGCAAAUCCAGCUACAUGAGGUACAGCUGCCAGAGCAGGAUCCGGAGCUACCUGAGGGAGGUUAGUAAUUUUCUGCCCAAAGUUCAUCCCACGGGAAGAGAAGCCUACAGAAGUAUCAUUGACCUGAUGGCAGAGAGGCUGAAGGCUGCGAAAUACAACGGCAGCUACUUUGACAGGAGGGAGGAGGAGGAGGCAGCUCGCCUGUGUACCACGGAGGGGUGGUUCUCCUGCCAGGGUCCCUUUGACUGCGCUGCCUGCCCCAGCAAGCACUCCAUCAACCCCUACAGCAACAGGGAGAGCAGGAUCUUCUUCAGCACCUGGAACCUCGACCACAUCAUAGAGAAGAAACGUGCUGUGGUCCCCACGCUGGCAGAGGCUGUCACAACACGAGGCAGAAGGGAAGUGAACUGGGAAUACUUCUAUCAGCUGCUGUUUACAGUGGAGAAUUUAAAGCUGGUGUGCCUCAGUCCAGGCUGUGCUGCGAACCAGAGCACAGACAGGAGGCCAAAGGCUGAUACUGGCUUCAUCCUGUGGGCUCUUCUAGACCCAGACCUCACCAGACAGAAAUGGAACUCAGGCAAAACAGUUCAGAGCUGAGCUGAGGGCACUUGCAGGUUGCUGUUUCUCUGCACAUUAAGACAAAGAAUUCUUGAGGAUAAUUCUUUCCUCUGUGCCUUUCCCAGGUAGAGAGCCAGGGGAAUCCAGAGGGUGAUGCAGCGGCAGAGCUGCUGGCUCUGCUCUGCCAGACACCUGCACUCCCCGACCCUGUGCAUCCCCUGGAAGGAAGAGCACAGCCAUGGGUUUGCUCUUCCCACCUUUGUCCUUUCUCAGCUCUCUCACUGCUCUCCCUCUCCUCUCCCUCUCCUUCCAAACAGCUUCUGCCUUUUCAGCUUGUGUUUGCUUGGAGCAAACAAGCAGUGGUGCUGUACAAUCAUGUUUGGGUGCUGCUGGAGGGGACAUUGCUUCUGUCCAACACUCCCUACCUCAGCUAACAAAACAUCCCUUUUUAAUAUCAGCUGAUAGAAACUGUUGAGAAGUAGCAGUGUAAAGGAUGUGAAAUAAAGAAUUGCCACCACCUUCA